AUGUACUUCGUCAACGCGAGGAGGCCGAGGGAGCUCCGGGAAGCCUUUCUGGCACAGAAAGAGGAGAUUCUCCAAUACGCCGCCGACGAAGGAUUCAUCUUCGCCGUCAUACCUCCGAGGGCACCCCAAUUCGGCGGCCUAUGGGAAGCAGCACUGAAGUCGGCCAAACAUCUGCUGAUGCGCGCCGUAGGCAACGCGCUGUUAACCGCCGAAGAAACCGCAACGCUUCUCGUUGAAGUAGAAGCGGUACUGAGCUCCCGACCGCUCGCACCACUCAGCAACGACCCCAACGAUGGCGAGGCGCCAACGCCGGCGCAUCUACUAAUCGGUUGCCUCUUGCGAGCUUUGCCACCGGAGAAGGUACCCGACAACCUCAGCCGCUGCUUAGAGAGAUGGCAGCUUGUUUGCUCUCUCAAGCAACAAUUUUGGCGCGCGUGGUCGAAGAGCUACCUUCUGGAGCUUCAGCAACGUAACAAAUGGGUGCACCCGCAGCCCAGCGUCCAAUCAGGCCAAAUCGUCGUCCUCCACGAAGACAACGUACCCCCGCAGCAGUGGGUGCUGAAUUGA